CCUUGUAGCACCCGCCUCUCAAAAUCUCCAGUUUCCACAUAUCUUAUCUUCUCUGCUUAUAUCCUCGUCCUAGGAUCUCACUUUCUUGACUCGGUAUACAGUGUUGAGCACAAAUUCUUCAUCCUAUCGACCGCCUUUCCCCAGCAUAAAUCUUCCCUACAUUAUCAGCGAUGGUUUCUGCUCUCAACGGCCCCACCCUUGCUGCUAGUAGAGCUGCGCUCUCAGCUGCUAUGGCUGAUGACAAUCCGAACAUCUCUGAUGAUGCCGAAUCCAUCGAGCCAGGCGAAAUCCAGGAGGUAAACAUGGAGGCCCAAGCAGAGGGCAUCCGAACAGUGUUCAGUGAUCCAACUAAUUUCAACGUCAAGCAUCCUCUGUACUCUCCUUGGACUUUAUGGUUUGAUUCGCCCAUGACCAAAAACCGUAAUUUGCCACAAACUCCGAUAUCUGCUGUCCCACAGACACCUGGGCCUCUUCCACAAACACCUGGUGUGGCCGCUGCACAAGGUUGGAUGGAGGACAUUAAGCGUGUCAUCAGCUUCGACAGCGUGGAAGAGUUUUGGGGGCUUUACAAUAACAUUGUUCCCCCUUCAGCAUUACCCCAAAAAGCAAAUUAUUAUCUUUUCAAGGAAGGGAUCAUACCUGCGUGGGAGGACGAAGCCAACAAGCACGGCGGAAAAUGGAGCAUUCAGCUUCCGAAAGACAAGAAUAAGCCUCAUGUAGACAAGAUGUGGUUGUACACAAUGCUGGCCGCAAUCGGAGAGACGUUUGAUCCUUCCCUCACGACUUUGGAUCCCUCAGGGUCUCCUCCAAACUCACUGAUUACAGGCGUUAUCGUCUCGACGCGCCCGCAAUUUUAUCGUAUUUCGAUAUGGACUAGACUUGCCCCUGGAAUGCCGGAUGAUGAUGACGGACUCAGGGAACGAAUCGAGGGUGUCGGCCGUCAUUUCAAGGUGAAUGUGUUAGGAUACACAGAAAGUGCAAAGCUGGCAGGCCCAUUAGCGACUGAUGUAGAGUUCGUUUCUCACAAGGACUCUGAAAAGAAGGGGAAGUCCAAGAAAAUCACGAUCUGAAGUGGGGGCGUCGAGGAAGUUUAGUUGCUUAUCGCUGCUUAUUGCUUUUGUUACAAUGCAAUGCAAAGUUAUGAAUAUUUACACGCAGUUUUUUUGUGAAAAUUACAGCGGAUAGCACAGCGUUG